AUGGCAUCCCCGGAGCCCGAGAUGAUGAAGGCUCGAGCUCAUUUGCUGGAUUAUAUCAACAUGAUUUCGGACUUCAUUAACUUUACCAUCAAUCGAAGAUGCGGUAUUAUUAAAAACAAAAUUAUUCCGGCCAUGCCAAAGGCGCCACAGGCUGACUCCAAACACACAGUCCCAGUUUCAUCCGCAAUGUUCAGCCGGGACGAUAAGUUCAGUUCAAGCCAUUUGUCCAAAGUGAGUGUUGAGUGUUUGGAUGCAGGGAAGCCGAUUGACCUGGGUGUGUUGGACGGGACAUGGCGCUUGCAGUAUACAUCGGCACCAGAUGUCCUAAUUCUCUUCCAGUCUGCAACUACUCUUCCUUUCUUGGAGGUUGAUCAAAUCUUUCAAACAUUUGAAUGCGCGGGCCAAUCCGACCGAGGUGUUGUCCGCAAUGUGGUCAGAUGGAGCAUACCAAGGUUGCUUGAGGAGCAAGAAGGCGCAACCCUGCUUGUGUCUGCCAAAUUUUCUGUUGUCUCCGCACGUAACAUCUAUCUCGAGUUUGAAGAGAUAGCUAUUCAGAACAUAAAUAUCAGUGAAGAAUUACAAGCUCUUUUGGCUCCAGCAAUACUACCUAGGACGUUUUUAAAUUUGCAGAUCUUGCAGUUCAUUAAAUCUUUCAAAGCUCAAUUUCCCGUGAGAAGUCCACAGAGGUGGUCCGUGGGGGGAUUAUAUUACCUGUCAUACCUGGAUAACAACAUGCUCUUGGGCCGUGCAGUUGGCGGUGGUGGCGUAUUCGUCUUCACAAGGACUCAAGCACUCACCUUCUAG